ACCUCCGCCCAUAAACUCCCUCUUCACGUUUAAAUGCCAGAGACUCAAACAGAUUUACCGAUACCGACGGCUGUGGGAAGAAUCUGACUUUCCGUAAGGAUUCUCUGAGGAAAAGACUGUCCGGGUCGGGAUUUCCGCGGUAAAGAGCUCGCUGGAAAUGAUUCUCCUCGUUGAGUAUAAUGAAACAAGCGGCUCUCGACGGCUGUUCAGUUCAGAUAGAUGUGUUGAAGACAGUUCAUCAGAAGAAACGCUUUCACUCGUCCAUUGAUGUUCAACUUCAGGAUCAAAACAAACGCUCGUCGGACGGCGUCAACCCGACAAGGGUGCUCUCUGAUCUGUGUGUUGGAUCUGCGAGGAUAUGAACUGACGCCGGGGCCGGACUGUCCUUCUUGCUGCGCUCCGUGAGACACAACUUGAAGUGCAUACUCAGACUAUCAUACACACAUGUGUGGUGUUACGAGGGCAGAAAACAGUGUGUCUGCUAGUGAUGGCGUAGCCAGAAGAAACAACAUGUCCUGCCAGAACAGAUGUCAGGUUUGGUUGGGGAUCUUGCUUGUGAUUGCAGGCCUAGUGCUCUUUAUGACUGUGGAUAUAUACAUUGUGUUCAUUAGCACGCCUAUAGUGUGUCUGGGCCUUUUUCUGCUCAUCCGUGCUUCAUGCAUGGUCAUUAAAUCCAGUCAUGACGUAGCUGUGCCGGGUCACUUCCUUCUGCACCCCCGAACGGGCACCCGUUACACCCACCAUCAAGCCAUAGCGGUGCAAAGGAGGCUGGAUCGCAUCCGGAGGGCUACAGCAGAGGAGCACAGUCCGGUCCAAGUUCCUCCCAUCUCAGACAUCAGUCCACAGAUCCCUCCUUCAACCCCUCCACCCUGGCAAAUGGAGCCACCGCCGUCCUAUUGUAACAUGAGGCUGGAUCGCGUCCGGAGGUCUACGGCAGAGGAGCACAGUCGGUCCAAGUUCCUCCCAUCUCAGACAUCAGUCCACAGAUCCCUCCUUCAACCCCUCCACCCUGGCAAAUGGAGCCACCGCCGUCCUACGAAACUGUUGUGAAGACCACUACAGCUGUAAACCAAGUAUAAACACACCGGUUUGACUGUAGACACCGACACAUUAUGAUUGAAAAGCUGAUUUGUUCGAAGGUGCGCAGAUAUUAAAAAUCUGUUACUAUCACAUUUACACAUUAAUUAUUUUGGUUUUGUGGCUCAUAACUGAUAAAUGGCCAUAUUAAACUCUAUUGUACUUAACAUAAAUACUUUAAAUGUUACAACUGAAUGUAAGCCUUAAAACAGCGAUGCGUUGAAAGAUGGAUAUUUUUCAUCCUUUACGAUAUGGAAGAUGAAUAUUUAUCCAGAACUGUCAUUUUGAGAUCUGCAACAAAAAAGUUGGUUGAAAUGAAAGGACAAAGUAACAUUUUCAUGCAUGAACACACACACAGCUCUGCAUGCACUCUGCAACAGAUGAUGCAUUCAUAGGGUUAUAUAUUUCUUAUAUAACCCUUCUUAUCUCUAUUUUUUUAAGUUAUUGCAAUGGUAGAGACAAACUGAAAAAGUAAUCUGAAAUUUAAAGGGAAGCGAAUUCACAAGCAUGUAUGUAAUAUUUCAUGAUAAACGGGGAAAAAAAGACAGAAACUUAUCAAAUGUGUAUCUAAUCUGUUAAAAAAAAUGCUAAAGUGCCUUAAGUGACAAGAAAAAUUUGUUUUACAGAAUUUUGUAAAAACAGAAGAGUGAAAAAAAGUCAGUAUCUGUCUAAAGGGUUUUUCUCAAAUCAGACGAAGGGAAUGAAUAUUAAUUUGAAGGGAAAAUAAAUGAUUAAUUUAAAAACGCUAUUGUUAUUUAAUAUCACACACACAGUACCAUUCCAGUUUUGGAUCUUCAAAAAUUACAAAAAAUGAGAAAAUUAGAACUGUUUUUUUAAUAAUGAAUAAUUAUAACAAUUUAUUUAUUAAUAAUAAUUCAAUUCCACAGUGGUAAAGCUGAAUUUUCAGCAGCCAUUAUUCAAGCCUUCGGGGUCACAUGAUCUUUCAAAAAUCGUUCUAACAGGCUGACCUGGUGCUCAAGAAAACAUUUCUCAUUAUUAUCACUGUUGAAAACAGUCAAGCUGCCAAAUAUUUUUGUGAAAGCCAUCAUUAAAUGCAAAUGUGUUUUCUGCUUUUAAUGCGUUUAAAGUCCCUGCUAAAUGACUUUCUUUAAAAAUAAAUAAAUGAAAUAAUAACAUUACCAAAUCACUAACCCAAAACUUGAAUGGUAGUGUUUAUUACUGGCUUUUGUGGGACUCCAAACAUGAAGUCAAUCUGAACAAAUAUGAAAGUUAAAAUGCUAUGUUAUGAUUGUAAAUGCCACUUAUUACCUCUUUAUUUAUGAACUGAACCAAAUAUUGAAUUGUGCCUUGCUUUCUACUCACUCACCUUUUUCCCUAAUGACCAAAACAUGUUUUUGAGAAGGAUUUAGACAUUUCUUAUAUAUAUAUAUAUAUAUAUAUAUAUACUUUUUUUUCCCAUAUUAAUGGUAGGCCUACAUAUGGGAUUGAACAUGUGCCUCUCUCCAAACCGCCACUUACAUUGUCACUUUAACAGGCCUACCAGAAACUAUUAUCUCUGUUCCGUGCGUGUGUUUUAUUGACACUAUAUCACAUGAUGUGUUUUGUCAGCUAUGUAUCAUUUUGUCAGUAUAUUAAUAUCACUAUCACCUGUGCAUAUGAAUACCAAUACGCUGUAUGAUACAAAAAACUGUAUUUUGGUGACC